GGCGAUGGUUCUUCGGGCAAGACGUCCUUAUGUCAGCGCUUCACUAAAGACACAUUCGACCGAUCGUAUCAUCAGACUCUUGGACUCGAUUUCUUCUCGAAACGAAUAUCCUUGCCUGGCGAUGUUCAGGUUCUUAUGCAGGUUUGGGACAUCGGAGGCCAGAGCAUCGCCGGUGAGAUGAUCGACAAGUAUAUCUACGGCUCUCAUGCCGCAUUGAUCGUCUACGACGUCACGAGCAUGAACUCGUUCGACAACUGUCAGGAUUGGCUGAAUGUGAUUCGACGCGUGACGAAGAGCCAAGAAAAGCCACCUCAAAUCGUGCUUGUCGGAAACAAAGUCGACGAGGAACGGCUUCGGAAGGUUGCAGUGGAUCAUCAUUGUCGUUUUGCAAAACAGCACGACCUAAAGGCGUUCUAUGUUUCGGCAAAAACCGGCGAUUCGGUGACUGUGAUGUUCAGGCAGGUGGCUGCCGACGUGCUGCGGAUCGUGCUGACGAGGGUCGAGCAGGAGGCCGACAUCGCGAUCGUGCAGGGCGCAGUUGCGCACGACGCCAGGGAUCCGCGCCGGAGACACGUCGACCAGUCGCGGAGCACCGCCGUCUGCUCCACGCAGUGA